GUGUGCUAACUGUCGUGAAAAGACAUUGACGGGGAAGAAGUAAGCAGGACGCUAAUAAGUCAGUCUUAUUAUUUGUUCUCCAGUUUGAAAUAUUUACGUCGUAUAAAAUACAUCUUUGAUUCUUUAUUCAAGGAUACAAAUCGUCUCGAUGUGCUAGAAGCACUGUGCCGCUUCUCCUGCUAUCUUUGCUUGUUAGUUAGCUUAGCUCGCUAGUUAGCUUAGCUUGUUAGCUGCUAACAGAAGACACAGAAGUUAUCAACACAUCGCUAAGUAGAGAUCAAGUGUGAGAGUAAAGUCUUGUGAUUGUGUGAAAAUGUCUACAUUACACACGUUGAGAGCGUUGGUGGAUCAGCGACUAACUGCUGCCGUUGAAGAAAUAUUUGUAGUGUUAGAAAGAACGAUAGCAGAAUACGAGGCGGAACUUUCUAGAACAAAAGAGGGUUACAAUCAACUACUGGACGCUGUUUUCAAGAAGCAUCAAGAUGAGUUAGACAGAACAGACCUCGAUGAAGAACAUGAGCAGAAGGAGGAACCACAGUCCACCAACAUACAUGAGGAAGAAAAGGUAUCACAUUCCCAACGCAUCAGAGAGGGAGGAGAGGAGCCACAUCCCCCCCACGUUAAAGAGGAAGACGAGACGCCACAGACCCAUAAUGUUAAACUGACCCUUCACAUGAAAGGGCAAGCGGAGGACCCACUGAUCAUACGCAUCAAAAAUGAAGAGGAGGACCCACUGACCCCUCACUUUAAGCAGCAAGAGGACAGGCUGACCCCUCAUAUUAAAAAGGAAGUUGAGGACCCACUGACCCCCUACUUUAAAGAAGAAGAGGAGGACCAAGAGGAAUACAGCAUCAGUCAGGGGGGAGAGGAUAUUGAAGGACUGGAGGAGUUCCCAGUGACUGUGAAGAGUGAAGAUGAUGAGGUCAAAGGUGAAAGUGAGGAGAGGGGAGGGGCGGAGCCUCCAAGCAGCAGCUCAAGACAACACAUGACAACAGAAGCUGAUGGAGACCACUGUGGAGGAUCACAAGCAGACAAGAUCUUAGCUCCACUAUCAGAUAGUGAGGACACAACCUCACACUCUCCUGACACUGAUGAUGAAAACUCUAAAGAUGAUAAGACAACUGACAACACCCGCUUUAAAUGUUCUCACUGUGACAAAACCUUUAAAUUACCUUAUCUGAAAGUACACAUGAGAACACACACUGGAGAAAAACCUUUUUCUUGUUCAAUCUGCGGUAAAGGUUUUACACAAAAUCAUCAUUUGAAAGAACACAUGAAAAUACACAGUGGAGAAAAACCUUUUUCCUGCUCAGAAUGUGGUAAAUGUUUUACUCACAGUCAGAGUUUCAAAGUUCACAUGAAAAUACACGGUGGAGAAAACCCUUUUUCCUGUUCAAUCUGUAGUAAAGGUUUUGCACAAAGUCACAAUUUGAAAGCACACAUGAGAAUACACACCGGUGAAAAACCUUUUAUCUGUUCGGCCUGUGGUAAACGUUUUGUAGAAAGUAACAAUUUGAAAGUGCACAUGAGAACGCACACUGGGGAAAAACCUUUUAUCUGUUCAGACUGCGGCAAAAGCUUUACGGAAAGUCAACAUUUGAAAAGACACAUGAGAACACACACUGGCGAGAAAUCACAUCCCUGUUCAAUCUGCAACAGAAGCUUUUGUGAACGAUCAAACCUUGUGGCACACAUGAGAACACACACUGGAGAGAAAGUGUUGAGUUGCAGUGUGUGUGGUGAAAGAUUCUCUUAUAAGUACCAGUGUAGGAAACACAAGUGUGCUGGUGAGAACAGCAGCAGCAAAUGAAACUGCAAGAUUUGAAAUAAACUGUCGAGACUUUAAUUUGGACUUUCUAACAACAUCAGCACAUAUAACAUGUGUGACAUUGUUGUUUGUGUAACAAUCUUUUUAACAUGCCUUUACAUUUAUAGAUUAGAUAUUUUAUAUUAGUGCUUAUUUCGGUCAAGUAUAUGCAUUAAUAUGUAACAUUGUGUACUUUUAUUACAAAUUGAACAACACAGCACAACCUGCCUGGUCAGAUUUCCAGUAAAGGACAAGUAAGUAUUUGUCUUGGAAAAACACUCACCUGUGAUUUAAAUAAAUAAAUGAUAAAUGGGU